UUGCCUCUACACGAAUAGUUUGUGGAAGAAAUUUAACUAAAAUAUAAAAAACGUGAAUUAUUAAAUAAAUUAUUUAGUUUUUGCAGUGUUAAUAAAACAAAUUAAAUAAAUUGUCAAAGUUAUAAAAGAACGAAUAAUUUACAAGUGUUAAACAAGAGUAAUAAGUCAUAGAUAAAUAUAGAUUUUGGAAAAACAAAUUGGGUUGAUUGAAAAUAAACAUUUUUGUGAAUAAUUAAGCAAUUUGUGGAUUGAAAUAAAGGCGCGCGGUAAAAGUAACAAACAAAUGUAAAUAAAAAAUUAUUGACAUUUUGCAUAGAAAAUGAAAAUUAUUGCAAAUGUAAAGGAAUUUUUGGCCACACAAACAUAGACAAGCCAAAAUAGCGAAAAAGUUAAAGAAAAAAAAUUCCGUCGAGGUAAACAAUUGAAAUUGUUCUUCACAUUGGGUGGAACUGAAGAAAAAAACAAUAGAAUUUUUUGUUUGAAAAAAAAUAAAAACAACAAAACACAAGACAAACAACAUGGAUAUGCGCAGCUGGAAAAAAGUACUGUUGCAAUGGAUCACAGAAUGUGGUUUUAUGGAUCGUAAUUAUUUCAAUAUCGAACAAUCCGAUAUUGAUGUUUUCUAUCAGAAUUUUAGUUUACAACAUCAAAAGACAGCCACAGAUAAAUACAAACGUUUGGGAGAUUUUCUAAAAGAAUUCUAUCCCAGCUUUGAAAUCAAUUUCGAUGAUGAGAACUGCCUCAGUUCUGCCGAUUACAUUUACGUCUAUUCUCUGUUGUUGCACUUUUCUUGUGUCAAACAUCCGGAGACGGUAUUCCAUGAGAUAUGUCAACGUUUACCCGACAAUGCUCAACAAUGUAUUGCGGCAUUUUUCAAAGAAUUACUGGACACCGAACCCAUUACCAAGGAGGCAUUGCGUCAUGCCAUUGCCGAGGUGGCCAAUUCACAGUGUUCACCACCUCGUCUUAAUGAUUCAUUUUCGAGUAGUAUAACUAGUGUUAGUGUUGGUGGCAUGAGUGCCGCUUCGUUUGCACGUUGUGAAUCACCAUUGAAAACACCAAAACGCUGCGCCGGACCGCAACGCAUAUCACCUUCAACCCCCAAAUCGUAUUUGCUCGAAGAGCGUACUAGAGAAUUGUAUAAUUUAAGGGCUCAACUUGAAACGGAACGUUAUGAGAAAGGUCUCUUAGAAGUACAAAUCAAACAAAAUGAGGAUAAAAUCCAAAAACUAAAUCAUGAUCAUAAAAGACUACUUCAGCAAAUCCAAGAUUUGAAAAAUGACAUUCUAGUUAAAACCACUGAUGGUUCCGCGAAUCGUGAUGGUGAAGAAAAUCAGAUACAAAAACGCUUACUCAGAGAAUUGUCUAAGAAAGAACAAGAGAUAAUUAAAUUAUCGGACAAUGUAAGAACUUUGCGGGAAGAGAAAGCAUUGGUAGAAGAAAAACUCAUAUUGGCAGAAAAGCAAAUAGUAUUAUGCAUGAAUCGUAUUAAAGAAUUAGACUUCAAAGUUGAUGAACUUAAAGACGAACUAGAGAAAAAAGAUGGACACAUUAAGUAUCUCACCGAUAGUAAAAUGGAAUUGGAACAAUUCAUUUCGGAAACUCGUUCGUCUCUAGGCGAACAUGGUGAUCUUAAUGCCUCCGUUGAUUGUAUGGAUAGUUCAUAUAUACGCAGUGGUCAUAAUACAAAUUGCUCCAAUAGCCUUAGUCCCGAAAAUUUGGGAGCCUCCGUAAUUGAUGUACAGUUAAGAGAAAAGGAGCAUGAAAAUCAACUGCUUAAAGAGGAGUUGCAAAAUGUUAAACGAGAACACAAACGUUUGGCUAAACAUUUGACAAAAUUAACACAAGAAUUUGAUUUACCCAUAGAUGCCUCUUCACCUAAUAACUCUGAAGAUUCCGAAGCAGAAAGUGACAGGGAAGAGCGAAGAGGUUUAAGUGAAGACAGUUCUCCUGAGGAGCAUAUAAGUGUGGAGGAACAAUUUAAUAUUUUCACUAGUUGCAUGGAGAAAAUAGAUAAAUUCCACAAGACUGAAAAGAAUAAAAUCAAACAGUUGGAAGAGGACUCUAUGCAGUUGCAAACAGAAAAUGAAGAUUUAAAUAGAAAACUACAAGAGCUUAAGGAAGAGGUAAAAGAAAUGAAAGAGCAACUACAAACUAAAGAGAAAUUAAAUCAAGAAAUGGAGAAAUCCAAACUGGAAAUUAAUUUAAAAUGGGAAAAAUCACAACAGGAACUUAAAGAGGUCGAAGAACAAAAAGAUAAAUUGUAUAAAAAUGUACAAUCUUUAGAACAAGAUAAAGCAACUUUAAACGAAAAUAUUGUAGAAUUAAAAACUUUAAUAGAAUUACAACAAAAGGAGUGUAAAGUACUAUUGGACAAUAAUACACAACUUAACGAACAAGAAGAAAGUCUCCGCAAACAAAUACAACAAACCGAAAAGGAAUUCGCAGAAAAAACUCUACAAUGGGAGCAAGAACUUAAGCAAUUAAGCGAAAAAAUGUCACAACAGAUUGAGGACAUCGAGAGAUAUAAACAAACUGAACAAACUAUCAAAGUAAAUUAUGAACAAAUGGUGGUGGACAAUGAAGAACUUAAAAAGGAAGCCCGUCAAGCAGAUAACCAUUUAGCAGAAAUGAGAAAUGAAUUGCAGGAAAAGGAACAACAAUUAGCUAAAUUGGGUAAAGACAUUUCCGAAUUGGGACAGAAAAAUGAAGUGUUGGAGCAAAACAUUAAUAAAUUAAUGAAGGAACAAGAAAAAGAAAAGCUUACCAACAACAACAACCAAACGGAAAUGGAAGAACAAUUGAGAAAGCUUAAAGAUCAAUUGGUUAAAACGGAAUUGUUAAAAGACUCCAAACAGCAUGAGUGCGAUUUAAAGCAACAGAAAUUGCAAGAAUUGGAGAACAAAGUUAUGGCUUUAGUAAAACUUUUCAAUAUUAGCAAUACGGAGAAAGACCUUUACGAGAAUCUUAAUGAAAUGGAACAACAGCUUAAGGAAAUCUUCAAACAAAACGAGCAACUUAACAGCAAAGUACUUAAACUACAAGAAACUCUUCACGAAAAUAACACAAAAAUACAAGAACUUUCUCAGGAUUUGCAAGAAAAUACCAAUGCUUUGAUGCAAAUACAAAGGGAAGUUUUAAAGUUAAAAGAAGAAAAUUCACAAUAUGAACAAAAACAACAAGAACUUUUACAAAACUUGCAAGAAAAAUCCAAUGCAGUAAAGCAAAGCCAAGAGGAAGUUGUGAAAUUGCAACAAGAUAACUCAGAUUAUGAACAGAAAAUACAAAAACUUACCCAGGAUUUGCAAGAAACAACUGAAGCUAUUAAACAAACACAAGAGGAAGUUUUGAAACUUAAGGAGGAGAACUUAAGUUGCGAACAAAAAAUAGAACUUUUACAAAGAGAAAAGAUUUCUAUUAUGGAAAAAUCCAAACAAGAUUUACAGGCAAAAGAACAAGAACUGCAAGAACAUUUAAGAGAAGCUUUAGAAGAAUACGAAGCCUCUAUGGAACGUAUUGCAGUUGAAUUGAAAUCCGAAAAAGAACAUCAUAAUAACAAAGAAAUGGAAUUGAUCUUAAAAGCAGCCGAAUAUAAUGAAGGAAAAAAGCAGCUACAGGAGGCAGAACAAAAAAUACAACAACUACAAACAGAACAGCAAAUCUUGCAAGAAAAAUGCCAAAAACUACAGCAAUUUGAGUUGAAAGUUCAAGAAUGUUCUAAGGAAAAUGAGCAGUUAAGACAUGAAAUAGAAACCUUUAAACAACAAGUUACACAAAAUGCCUUAAGAUUGCUAGAAGCAGACAAGGCCUUGUCAGAAUUUAUGGAAUUAACCAAGGAACAGAAUACAGCCAAAAGUGAGGUGGAAGUAUUAAAAGCUAAUCUUAAAGAAAAGGAAGAUGUUGUCAAAGAAUUGGAACUUAAACUAAAACAACAAACAUGUUAUGAAGAACAAUUGGAACAGCUUAAACAUCAACUGGAAGAACAAAAUGAAUUGGUUGGCACGGUGCAAGAACAACUAGAAAAACUAAGCAAAGAUAAAGAACGUCUUAGCCAGGAAGCUGAAGAAAAGGCAGAACAAAUUUUUAAAGAACAGCAAGAUAAACUUAUGUUGCUGCAAUCCCUAGAAAAGUCCACAGAUCAACUCAAAUUGGCUAAUGAGGAAAAACAGCAAAAGACAACUAAUCUAGAACAAAAACUACAAGAACUUAAAGAACAAUUUGAUGGAGUUACUCUGCAAAAUACUAAACUUCAAGGAGACUUGGUAGAACGUGAAGCAGAACUGCGUUUAGCUAUGGAUGAACAACAGCAAGAGAAAGAAGAUUUUCAACAAAAACUAACCUCCGAACAAGAAAAGUUAACACAAAAAACUGAACUACUAGAAGCUAUUGAUAUGUCCUUAAUGGAAUUGGUGGCCAUAAUGGAAAAUAAUUUCAAUUUAAAUCAGGAAUUAUUCAAACAAGAUGAUCUUCCCAAUGUCUUUAAUUUCAAAGAAGCUGAGGGACAGCAAAAUGUACAAAAGUUAAGAAAACAUUUAAAUCAUAUUUUGGCUAAACAGCAAAAGCUAAAUGAACAGCUCAAAGAUUUGGCUGUAGAAAAAGAAGAAUCUAAUAAUACUAUUGUCACUUUAAGAAGCAGCAACAAUGAUUUGCUUAACAAAUUAACACAACAGGAAAAAACUCUUAAGGAACUCAAAGAACAGCUAGACAAUGAAGAGCUUAUAGUGGAGAAAAAAGUUUUCCAUGAAGUUAAACGUUUGGAGGGUGAUCUUUUGAAUCUCGAAAAGGUUAAUGAACGUUUGGCCAAUGAAAAUGUUAAAAUACAAGUUACUUUGGGCAAUAUUGAACAAGAAUUCAAAGAUUGCAAAUGUAAAAAUGAAACCCUGGAAGAGGAAUCACUCAAACUGCAAGAAGAAGUGCGUAGUAAAACCUUGCUGUUGGAAAAAUUACAACAAGAAGAUAAAAAAUUGCAGAUGAUAAUCAAAGAAAAGUCUCAGCAUGCUGACAAGUUACUGGAGAAAUGUAAACACUUGGAAUUGCAGCUUAAAGAUAAAUCUAGCAAGUUACAAAAUCUAGAAAAAGAUAAUCAGGAGAUAAAGGAAAAAGCCAAUAGAAACCAACAAAAACUUUCGCAUUACCAGCAAUCCCAACAGAAUCAUUUGGCCGAACAAAAGAAAUUGCAAGAAAAACUUAAACAACUACAAACGGCUCAGGAUUCAUUGGAAAUGGAAGUAGAAAAUAAGAAUAAAGAUUUGUUAAAUUUAAAAAAUAAAAAUUCCGAACUUUCUCAACAAAACCAAGAAUUGGAACAACAGCUUAAUCUAACCUCCAAAAAACUCGAUGAAAUGUUAACCAAUAAACUAAAUGCUGAAACCAAAUGUGAACAAUUGCAAUCUGAGCUCCAGCAACUUAAACGUGAUUUAGAAUUUAUUAAGUCGCAGCAGCAAACCCAACAGGAAGACUACAGCCGUUUGACACAAGAAAUCGAUUCUUUGAAAGUGGACAAACAACAUCUAAGAGAUGAGGUCUAUGAAAAUAAACAAACCCUACAGAAAUCCAAUGAUAAUGUCACCCAACUUAUACAACAAAUCUCCUCUAUACGCCUAGAAAAAGAAGCGGCUUUAGAAGAGAAUUCUUUGUUGCGCAAACAACUAGAGGAAACGGGUAAAAAUCAAAGUUCUUCCGAAACCAAAAUGAAAUCAAUUAUAGAAAAAUCUCAAGAAUUCGAAAGAAAAGUUUUGUCGGCCGAAAAUGAACUUAAAUCUUUAAAAGUGCAAUUGGAAAAAAGUGAAAAUAACACGGAGAAAUUACAAGCAGAAAAUAAAAAACUACGUGACUCCCAGGAAAACACUACCAAGCGUAUAGAGAAAAUGGCUUUAAAACUGGGCGAUUCCCAGGCCAGAAGUGUUAAACUGGAAAGAGAUAAUGAAAAACUUACCAGAACUUUGGAAGCUCAUGCCACCACAGUGGAAGCCUUGCAAAAGGAAAAAGAUCUCCUGCAGGCAGAAGCCAAAACUCUUAAGGAACGUUUAUCUAGAGCCGAAAGAGGUCAUGAACAACUUGCUGCUAAAGUACAAAAUCUAGAACAUCUUAAUACCAGUCUACAGGAAAUCAAACAAAAACUAGAAGCCUCUGAAUUAGAUUUCAAACAAAAAUUAACAAAACUAGAAAGAAUGCGUGAUAUGAAUGAGGAGAAAAUACGUAAACUUACCAAUUCUCUAAGUAAUGCUGAAAAUGCCAAUGUUAAGUUAAAUUUGGAAAUAGGAGCUCUUAAUUCACAGCUGCAAGAAGUCAAGGUGGAACAUAAUCAAGAACAAAGCCAACAAUUAGAGGAAUUGACACAUCAACUAACAGAAGCUCAAGAAUUGAAUCAAAAGUAUCAAGAUAUACAAGAAAAACUUAAAAUUGAAAUAAACAAUCUUAAAGAAGAGAAUACCACUCUUAAUGAUCAACUCUCUAAGGCUUCUCUUUCCCUACAAAUAACCUCACAGAAAUGUGAACGUUUCGCAGCCGAAAUGGAACAAAUACGUGCUGAUAUGUUGAUAAUGCGUCAAGAAAAAUCACAAAUUGAAUUGCAACAUGAAACAUCCAUACAAAAACUCAAUCAAUUUGAAUCACAAAACACUAAAUUGGUCUAUGAACGCAAGAAUCUAGUUAAAUCUCUAGAACAGAAAAUUGCUCACCUCGAAGAAGAACUAGCAGCCAAAUCCAAAGAAGUCUCUGAUUUACAGCAUGAAAUUGAUAUACUCAGAGAAAAUUCUGAAACUAAUGCUUCUCUACUACAUCAAAACACUGCCGCCAAUUUAUCUGAAUUGGAUGAUUUACGCACAAAACUUUCGCUGGCCGAAGACUUACGUCAAAAGGAACAACAGAUUAUUUCACAAUUACGUUUGGAUAAUCAAAUUUUACACACUAAAUACCAGGAAUCCAAACAACGUGCUCUCGAUGCCAAUAAAAUGAGUGAGGAACGCAUUAAGGAGAAUCGUUUGGAACUGGAGGGUAAAUUGGAGAAGAUGAAAAAUAAAAUGAAAACUCUCUAUACCGAAGAAAUAACUAAAAUGAAAACCAAACAAGAACGUGAAAUGGCAAUUGUUAAAUCGGAAAUGGAAGUUUUAAAAGCACAGAAUACCAAAUACGAAGAACAUACCCGCAAACUAUCAAAUCAAAUUGUACGCUUAAACGAUAAUAUAUUACAGCAUCAAAAGGAAAAUACGAUUUUAUCGACAAAAUUGAAACAUAUUAUGGAUCAAUUGCAGGAAAGUGAACGUUGUAGUAAACGUCCCAGUUCUAUACAUGUUUCGACCAUCUCAUCGUCUACGGCACCAGUGGCAGGACCUAAUAUUGGCACCAAUCUUGCGAUGGAAGAUGAAGAGGGUGAAGUGUUUAAUAAUACGUAUUUAACAGAUUUGAAAAAUGGCCGCAUGUCGGAACUAAUGAGUCGUGAUGUUUGUGUUGAAGAACUUAAAUAUCGCAAUUCUCUACUACCACCCCAUCUAAGAAGUACUUAUGCCGCACAAUUCGAUCAUGAAUUCACCGAAGAUGAUCUUAAAGAUGGUCCUCAUAGUUUAGACGAUAGCAUGAGUGCUUUACUCAGCACUACUGCUGGUGGUACACGCAAAAAAUGCACUGGUGUUACACACUACAAACGUCCUGGUCCUCCAACUCCUAGUAAAAAUGGUCGUUUAUCAUUUGGUGGUUUAUCAGAACCUGGUCGCGAGAUACUUAAAGAAUCUUAUGAUACAACAAAUGCUGGUUCAACGGUAUCAUCAUCGAAAACCCCUGCUCGUUUUAAUUUCUUUGCAUCACGCUUUAGUAUGGGUCAUGCCAGAGAUGAGAAAAAACCCAUCAUCAUUAAAAAAGAAUCAGAAGAUGUAAUUUUACAUAAAAUCCAACAAAAGCCUAAGAAAAAGGGACCAACUCAUCGUCUUUUAACUGGAGUAGGAUGUACAUCAACGCCACGCAAGAGUAAAGUGCAUUAUGAUCAACGUCGUCUAUUAGAUCAAUUGAUGACAUCAUCACCCUCACCAUCUCCUUUAGCCAUGGAUAAUAAACAUGUGAAAAUAGAAAAGAAAAUAACACCACCAGAUGUCAGUAUUAUAGAGACCCCAUUAACGGCAUUAGGCAGACGUAGUUCGGUAAAUAAAGCAGUUGCUCACAAACCACAUGCCAAACGUAUGGAGGUUAUAGCAGGAGGUUUAAGGCGCAGUAGACGUAAUUCUUCUAUGUUUGGAAGACGUUUAUCGAGACGUAUGCAAGAGAUUUGUACACCCACUAGUGGAGAUACUACAUCAUCGGCUUUGUCUACACCAGCUAUUGGAAAGGAUAAAAAUAAAAGGCCUUUGGUUAGUAGCACGGCUACAACAUCGGGUGGUAUAAGUAAAUCAGCUUUAUUGCAAAGACGUUUACGCAAAAAACCCAAACGGGAAAAGGGCGCUAGACCCUCUUUGUAUUUGAGAGGAAAUAUAUUUGCCAAAUAUCGUACACCCAAUAAGGGAGCUAUACACGAUUUGAAUCGUUAUAAAUCAAAAAAACAACGUUUGGAUCGUUUUAAUCUAGGAAGAAAUUUAAAAUCUUUCAAAUCGGAAACUCAAGAAUAUGAAUCAGAUAAAACUAUAAGUUCUAAAGCUAUAAAGAAUAUAACUUAUGAUUUGAAAAAUAACAACUAUGCCACCUUCAAUCACAAUAAGGCGGCACUGGGUGAAACAGUAGUUAUAGCAAAAUGUCAACCAAAGGGACAAGAAUAUGAGGAAGAUGAAACAUUUACCUUUGGUGAAGAGCUAUUUGAUAAUGAAGAUUUAGACUAUAUGGAAGACUAUGAAUCCGAAGAAGAGUAUGAUGAUGAAACGGCCGGUGAUGAUGGUGAUUUAGAAGAGGAUUAUGAAGAGCAAGAUAUAACUAAAGAUGUGAAAUAUGAUUACCAACCGGUUAAAGAGGAAUGUUGUAAACAAGAUUUAAUAACUUCACAGGAUUUAGAGGAUUUUGAUCGUUUUAUAGCCAAUACCAAAGUUGAAAUGAAAAAAGAAAAAGAACAUCAUGAUGAUGACUAUAUGUCUCAGGGCAGUUCGAAACAUUUCGAAAAAUUAUUAGUAGAAACUGAAUCGAAUGCACCGUUUGAAGUUAAGCACAUACAUUUUAAUGUUAGCAAAAGCUCUCGUUCCACUAGAUCCACAAAUUCCCGUCGUUCUUCCACGGCCUCACAUCAUAGUCAUUCCUCACACUCUAAUCAUUCGCAUUCUCAUACUCACACGCAUUCACACUCACAUCAUGAACACGAUCACGAUCAUACAACUCUCUCGACCGCUACUCCUCAUCUUUCACCUAAUAAUCCAACUUGUCAAUUGUCACGCACCAUUUAUGGUGGCACUGUCAUCUAUAAUCAUCGUUUGCCCAAUAUCAACACCACCUAUGUGCGCAAAUCUUCUAUUUAUGUUAAAAAUCGCAAACGUUCUUCACAUCACCAUCAUCAGCAUCAUCAUAUGGAUUCAUCGUCUUGCAAUGAUGUCGUCUUGAUUACCAAUCAAACCAUUACCUUUGUGGACAUUAUGCGUAUGUGGUCCCAAAUGGAUAGUUCUACACGUUUAAUUGUUAGUUUUGCUAUUUUAGCUUCAUUUACCACUCUACUCGGUCUUUUCGUUUCGUUUUGUUCGCGACGUUAGGUGAUCUAAAGGCGAUAUGUUAUAACAACUUGUAAUUGUCUCUCUUGUCUCGUCGCGGUAGUUUCUUUGUGAUAACGGUGUUAGAAGCUAUACUAAGCUUACACUUGUUUAAAUGUUUCUACUGCUGGUGUUUGUUUAAUCGGGUUUUAUAUUCGGUACAAUUUUUUUCCUAAAAAUGUUAGCGAAAUUAUUAAGCGCAAUCU